AUGAUUUAUAACGAUUUCAGAGACAUCAAACAACUGCCAGUUCUUAGAUUGAACAAAAGUGUUGAAAGUGAAGUUGUAAAGCUAUCUGAUAUAAAAGUCAUCAAAGUGGUGAAAACUGAAGAUGAAAAGGUAAAAAUUUAUUACAAAAAAUCCUACCUUGAUGAUUUCAAAGAAAUUGACCUGGGAACUAAAAGGGUAAGUACAAGGAACCAGCAGACUCAAGAAUUGCAAAAGCUGUAUAACCAAAAGUUGGAUUUAUCUGAAAGAAAAAAGAACGACGUAAAAAGCCUUCUAGAUGCUGGUUUGAUACCCAAUUUUUACAAUUCCUACUUUGAUAGAGCUUUGAACUAG